UUCUGGUUUGACUCACUCUCAUGUUAUGGUAAACUUUAAACUGAAUGAACAAUUUUUCUUCUCUCAGUGAAUAUAUCUUAACGCCAAAUUCUGAGUGCUUUUUUGUCACCCAUCCUCAUAUGUCCCAGCUAGAAAGAAUCCUGGGUUGGGAGCUACUGCAUGUUGAUGGUUUCGUUUUCCUUUUGGCUGUUCAUUUUGGUGGCUACUACAAGGAAAUCUAACGCAAACAGCAACUGUUUUUUGUUGUUUUCUUUUACAUCUUUACCUGUGGAGCUGCGACAAGUCCUCAUAUCAAAUACAGAACAUGAUCUUCCUCCUGCUAAUGUUGAGCCUGGAACUGCAGCUUCACCAGACAACAGAUUUGCAGGACAGUGGGAAGAAAAACUUGAAUCAGAGGACAACUGCAAUGGGAAUCAUUCAAGCAGCAGAAAACCCAAAAGUUACUUAUACUGUGAAAUCUGAUCAGAGAAUGGACUGUCCCGCUUUAUUCACAGUGACAGUCCCUAAGGAACUGUACAUAAUAGAGCAUGGCAGCAAUGUGACCCUGGAAUGCAACUUUGACACUGGAAGUCAUGUGAACCUUGGAGCAAUAACAGCCAGUUUGCAAAAGGUGGAAAAUGAUACAUCCCCACACCGUGAAAGAGCCACUUUGCUGGAGGAGCAGCUGUCCCUAGGGAAGGCCUUGUUCCACAUACCUCAAGUCCAAGUGAGGGACGAAGGACAGUACCAAUGCAUAAUCAUCUAUGGGGUUGCCUGGGACUACAAGUACCUGACUCUGAAAGUCAAAGCUUCCUACAGGAAAAUAAACACUCACAUCCUAAAGGUUCCAGAAACAGAUGAGGUAGAGCUCACAUGCCAGGCUACAGGUUAUCCUCUGGCAGAAGUAUCCUGGCCAAACAUCAGCGUUCCUGCCAACACCAGCCACUCCAGGACCCCUGAAGGCCUCUACCAGGUCACCAGUGUUCUGCGCCUAAAGCCACACCCUGGCAGAAACUUCAGCUGUGUGUUCUGGAAUGCUCAAGUGAGGGAACUUACUUUGGCCAGCAUUGACCUUCAAAGUCAGAUAGAACCCAGGACCCAUUCAACUUGGCUGCUUCACAUUUUCAUCCCCUCCUGCAUCAUCGCUUUCAUUUUCAUAGCCACAGUGAUAGCCCUAAGAAAACAACUCUGUCAAAAGCUGUAUUCUUCAAAAGACACAACAAAAAGACCUGUCACCACGAAAAAGAGGGAAGUGAACAGUGCUGUGAAUCUGAACCUGUGGUCUUGGGAGCCAGGAUGACCUGAUGUGACAUCUAAAGAAGCUUCUGGACUCUGAACAAGAAUUCGGUGGCCUGCAGAGCUUGCCAUUUGCACUUUUCAAAUGCCUUUGGAUGAUCCAGCACUUUAAUCUGAAACCUGCAACAAGACUAGCCAGCACCUGGCCAUGAAACCUGCCCCUUCACUGAUCUGGACUUAUCUCUGGAGACUAUGGCUCUGAGCAACCACGACUGCACUUUACAAAAUUACCCCACUGGAUCCUGGACCCACAGAGUGCCUUGAAGCUCCUUCUUGCUGCCAGACUGAAAGCAAAAGGAAUUAUUUCCUCUCAAGUUUCCUAAGUGAUUUCCAAAAGCAGAGAUGUGUGGAAAUUUCCAGUUACAGAAACAGAUGGGUUGCCAAUAGAGUUAUUUUUUAUCUAUAGCUUCCUCUGGGUACUGGAAGAGCCUAUUGAAAAUAUGAGCUCAUAGACAGGGCUUUGCACAAACUCAAAUCAUAAUUGACAUGUUUUAUGGCUUACUGGAAUCUUGAUAGCAUCUGAAGUUGUUCUAACUAACAGAGAGCAUUUAAAUAUACACUAAGUGCACAAAUUGUGGAGUAAAGACAUCAAGCUCUGUUUUUGAGGUCUAAGUCACAAAGCAUUUGUUUUAACCUGUAACAGCACCAUGUUUAAUAGUGGUUGUUUUUGUUUAAACUACAUCUUUCCUUUAGAAAUUCUUGGUUUCUUUUUAAUUUUUUUACCUUAGAAAUCAAUGAUAUACAGUCAAAAAUAUUUGAUAUGCUCAUACGUUGUAUCUGCAGCAAUUUCAGAUGAGUAGCUAAAAUGGCCAAAGUCCCAAACUAAGGUUCCUUUUCUGGCCCUCUAUAUGACUUUAAACUUGAGCUUUCAGUGCCUCAGUUGGCACAUCUGUGAUACAGCAAUGCUAAGUAGUCAAGGCCUUUGAUAAUUGGCACUAUGGAAAUCGUGCAAGAUCCCACUACAUAUGUGUACAGCAGAAGGGUAACUUGGCUACAGUAAUGGCUUUAUUUUGUUAAAUUUGUUCUUCAUACUGGAGCCAUGAAGCUCAGAGCAUUAGCUGAUCCUUGAACUAUUCAAAUGGGCACAUUAGCUAGUAUAACAGAGUUAGGUAGGUGGGCCUACAGCAAGCUCCUUAACUGAGCAAAAUCUGGGGCUUAUGGGAAUGAAAGGGUGUGAAAUUGACUAACAGACAAAUCAUACAUCUCGGUUUCUCAAUUCUCAUGUAAAUCAGAGAAUGCCUUUAAAGAAUAAAACUCAAUUGUUACUCUUCAA